UCCCUAGAGAGAAGCAAUAUUUUUGUGAAUUUUUGAGUUUUUUUUAUAUCAUUUUAUCUCAUAUGGAUAAAGGAUCUCAGCAGGAGAAAGGAGAGAGGACUUCUGUAAGUGAAAAGGAGGAAUUUGCCAGAAGUCCUCAUAUCAACCUGGAGAAGAGGAAAAGAGAAGUUGAUGAGGACAGCAGCGAGACAGAAUCUAGCGCUAAAAGAUUAAGAAUUGGGCAGAACAUCAGAACAGAGGAAGAUAUCGGCCAAAUAAAGAGCCAGUCUGUGAUAGAGGAAGACAAAAGCAAGAAAAGAGAGAGAAGCUGCAGCAAUGAUGGGGAACCAGCAGAAGAGGAAGAACAGGAUCUGAAAAAACCACGUGUUGAAGCUGAAAGACCCAAUCCUUGUGUCAUUUCCAACUACAGUUUCCACAUGGAACUUGGGGCUGGAUCUUUCGGCAAGGUAAUGUUGGCAUCAUUACCCAACACAAAGAAACAUGUUGCUUUGAAGAUCAUUAAGAAAGACGACCGUUAUGAUCAGAAGCGGAUAAAGGCAGAAGCUCAAACACUCAAGAUCACCGGAGAGUGUCCCUUUCUCUGCAAGGGGCUUGCAGCCUUUCAAUCACAGCUGCAUGCCUAUCUGGUGAUGGAGUGUGAGAGCAAGACCAGCCUUUGGGAUCUGAUACACAGUAAGGAGAAACUCGGGAUGGAGACGGUAAUCUUUUUUUCAGCAGAACUGGUAGUAGGCCUCCAGUUCCUUCACAGCAGAGGGAUUGUACAUCGGGAUUUAAAGCCUGAUAAUAUUUUAAUAAGCAAAGAUGGCCACAUCAAGAUCGUGGAUUUUGGACUGGUAGCAGAGGACGUUUCCAAGGGAAUGAAGCUGAAGGCCGUCGUUGGAAACUUUAAAUGCCGGGCUCCAGAGGCUGCUUUAUGGCAUAUCCCAACUAAAAUGCGCAAUGUGGAUAACAUCAAGACUGCUGUUCACAGCCAUGAAUCUAGAGAUGGCGUGGAAAUGGUUAAUUGUAAGAUGAAGUAG